UUUAAAAUUAGAUGCGCAACUUAAUUCUCGUCUUUUUUAUAAAAUAUAUACGUAAACGUUUACCCUGAAAAAAAUCAUGGGCCAUUUUAUAUAAACUGUGAGAGAAAUCAUACGUUACAAUUUACAUAACUUUAUUACGUAUCUAACGUUAAUUGUGACAACUCAACUGUAAUUUGUUCAACGUUGUGGCAACUUUUAACAAACACAUGAAAAACUUUACAAAUAGUCAAACGUAAAAGCGUGAUAUAAUUAUAUGGAAAGAAUAGAAAAAAGAAGGAGAGAGAGAAAGAGAGAGAGAGAGAGAGAGAAAAUUUGAGACAUGGAGGGAAGGAACAGAGCAGACGGCACAUCUCAAAUCAAAAUGUGAAUCGUUAGUUGGUGCCAAGCAGGAUUGCAAUAAAGAACCUACUACUCGGAUAACAAACUGACAUCAUUUUAAUAUCAAAGUGACAUAUUUAAUAACACAUUCACGUCAAAUUAACUUGCUACUUGGUAUCAAUAUAUCAUUAACUCAAUCAAUACAUUAUUGGUUUACUUUAACCUUGUUGGGGCACACAGAGUAUUUGAGAUAUGAGAAACAGAACAAAUGUUUCAUUGUAAUGAAGAAUCAAGAGAAUCGACGAUGUAUGUGACUGGCUUACCAUAAAGACGAGCUCGUGCCAUCGACAUUCCUCCAGGUGUGCAAAUUAUUUUUUUAUUUACAAUUAAUACUUAGAAAAUUGAAUUAAUUUAUUUUAUUAAAUACAUUUAUCUUAUUAAAACUGCGUUACGUUUAUGGGGAGGAACAGAUAAUGGCACACCAUCUAAUAGGAGUGCAAAAGUAAUACGCCGUUCUUCGUCGUUGCAUGAAAUAUUAAAAGAAUUCACGACACGGGUAAAAGUGUUUCGCUUUCAAAAAACUUAUAUUUUUUUUCUACAAAGUAUUCUAUACAGAGAGGAGCUUUAAUGUAAGUAGCAAAACGCAUCGAUUAGCAAGAAAAUAAGAGACGAAAAUGGUGGAGAUCUAUAUGCCAGACGACAAUUCACUGUCGGUAGAAUACUAUUUACAACCUAUAGUGUACAUCUCCUGGCUCCUGGGCGUCGGCAUUGCACAUCCGCGAAAAUGGCCCAAGAUUGUAACAAUAAUUAUACGUAUUGUUCACCUGGCCUUGUGUACAUUUAGUCUCAUAAAGCUCUUCUAUAAUUUUGCAUCGGAUUCUAAGAAAGAUAAAUUUAAUGAAUUAUGCGGUGUAAUUGCACUAAAUAUUAACAUAAUUUACCACGUGUCGUCGUAUUACUACAUUUAUCAUGGAAUCAAACAUCAUGACAAGUGGUCGAAGCUAAUGGACAAAAUAAAGGAAGUCGAUCAGAAGAUCAAAAGAGAAACACACAUUAAUGUCAAGCCAUUAAAAAUCCUGGAAAUUGUAGCUAUUAUCGUGACUUUUACUUGCUGUCCUUUAUUGCUGUCUGUUCACGCCCUGUAUAAGUUUAUAUAUUCGUCUGUUGUGGAGAAAGACUUGUUGAGUUACUACAUAUUGGCUCAGUCGACGAUCAAUUACUUUGUUUUUGACGUUGUCAUCUAUAUAUUGUAUCACAGAUAUCAAAUGAUAAACAAGUUGUUGGGCCAGAUGAAUGAGCUAUCUGGUACGUCAAAACGGAUCGCAUUCAAGAUUAAAUGCAUCAGAGAAAUGCAUUACGAUAUUUGUGAUCUUGUCGUCAUGAUAAGCGAUAUUCAUGGCUUCUAUCUUUUCAUUGUUUCGAUAAACUGCCUCAACACGGUUGGAUUGACAGUGUUCGAGAUGAUAGAGAUGGUUAAAAAUAACACGACGUGUAAUGAUGAGGAAAUAGAUGUGUUAAAAAGUAUUUUCUUUUUGAGCAUGUAUAUCAUGCAAUUUUACGUGACAUAUUGGAUUUGCAAACUAAUUUAUCAGGAGUUUGACAAAACCGGGAUAAUUAUAUGUGGGAUUCUAUUAAAAUGUAAAUCUGUGAAUCUCGAUACACUAAAUGAGACAAGGAAUCAAUUGAAUCUAGAGGUACGAUUGCCAAUGAAAGAUUUAGGCAUCCAGCAAAGAUGUUAUUCGUGUAGCAAUCUGAAUUACGUCGCCAUGAAAAAUUUGUUGCGUCAAUAUCCGAACCGAGAAUGGUCGAGUCAAAACCUGGACUGUGUCAGAAAUGAGAUCAAUGACUUUUCUAUUCAAUUGCAGCAUCGUCGUAUAGCUUGCAAUUUCUUCAAAGUUAAUAACUUCAUUAACGUUCAUAAUAUAACGUACAUGCAAUUUACGAUCCUGGCUUGUCUAGCAGUCCUUACUCGAUUCUAUAAACUAAAUAUAACUGUGGAAGCAGUUAACAGGACACUGAACCAAUCUACAUCAGAGAUGGGCGAAUUGGUACUUGCCUAUUACCAAAUUAUAAAUGUUGAAAAUAAUGAAUAAUUAAAUGGAUUUCAAUUACAAAUUAUAAAAGUAAUAUGUAAUUGACUGUGUAAUUUGGAGACAAAAGUAUUUGCUGCCACCCAUCUCUGAUUCCAAUGAAAUAUUCUAUUAAUGAAAUAUUUAUUAAAAUUGGUCCAAUGAAUUAUUUUAUUAUUAUGACGUUUUAUUUAUUGUAACAAAGAAUAAUUCGUUAUAUUAAUAAAUUUAUUUACGAAUAAUGAAAAGAUUCAAUGUAAUAUUUAUACUAUUAACAAAAAGUUUAUUGUGUCAAUGAAUUUUAGUCAAUAAACGCCAUACAUUGAUACUAUUAAGAAAAUUUUUUUCAGUGUAUCAACUAAUGCUUGUCUAAAUUUUAAAGCUGUGUUUCUUUGCAUUAAAUUUGCACUGCAAAUUAUCAAAUAGUUUUCUAAAUGUUAAAAUUUAAUAAUUAAAGAAGAAGGUCAGAAAAAUUUAUAAAUCGUUGUAAAACUUUUAAUAUUAAAACUUUUGUUUUCAUACUUGGAUUUGAAAAAAGAAAACGUAAGAAAAGCGUAUGUAUUUUUAGCUCAUAGGAUAAGGGAUAGAUCUAUAUCAGUGUAUCUACUGGUUUACAUUAAGGAAGAUUAUUUAGAUAAAUUAAAUUUAUUUAUUGAAGUAUUAUAUAUAAUGUAUAACUUAUAAUAUAUAUGUACUGUUGUUCAACAGAAAUCAGGAAAGAUGGUUGUUUCUUCAGGAGGAAAAGUGUUAGAAAACUGUUAUUCUUUUUUAUGUACGGAGUAUUAAUAGGCACACGGUAUAAAAUAAUGUAAUAUUAAAAAUUCAUUUUUUAAAAUAAUGUAAUAAUGCUGCACCUAUGCUUUUAAGAAUAAAUAUAAAUUCAUUAAUCUUUUUAGGCUCGCAUCAUUGACCCACUUUUUUAUUUACAUAUCAAGCUUAAUCUCUCGAAAUUAAUCUCUCGAAAGCUAAAGCUCUCGAAAUAAUUAAAUAAAGUAUACUUUUUUCAAUUUAUCGGGAUAAUCGUCACAUAUUGUGCAUCCUUCAAUUUUCUCGCUGAAUAUUCUACUCAGGAUAUUUUUAUCAGAUCGUUGUAUGUGCACGUAUACAGAUGUUUUAGAAUUUUAGUUGUCAAAAUAACAUUUAAAGUGUAGGUACUCUUUAAUUCUUAAUAUUAAUAAUUGUAAAAAUUAAAAAAGUAAUUAAACAUUGAAAUAAUUAAAUUAAUAAAAUCUAUGCAGAAACCAGUACAAUGUUUAUUAAAAAUAUUUAUUUUGAGUUCCACAAACGCCUAAUUUUUUUUGCGUUAAAUUUAUUAACUUACUCAUAACAAUUUUUAGACAUUUUUAAUAAUAAGUGUUUAUGUAAGUAAAUAUACUAAAAAAAUAUUUAUAAUUUAUUAAAUUUAAAAUAUUAAGUGCGCAACUUAAUUCUCUCUUUUUUAUGAAGUAUAAACAUAAACAUUCCGAGAAAAGUCAUGGGCCAUCUUAUCUAAACUAUGUGAGAAAGAUAGUUAUAAUAUUUAUUUAAAAAAUAGAAAA